UCUUUGUGCUGCUCUUCAUCUUUGUGAAACGGCAGAUCAUGCGCUUCGCCAUGAAGUCCCGCCGUGGCCCUCACGUGCCCGUGGGGCAGCACGCACCCAAGGACCUGAAGGAGGAGAUCGACACACGGCUGUCAAGGGUGCAGGACAUCAAAUACGAGCCCCGGCUGCUCGCUGAGGAUGACAGCAGGUUCCUGCAGCUGGAGACGCCAGGCUGCUAUAACUACCUGUACAGGAUGAAGGCGCUGGAUGCAAUCAGGACAUCGGAAAUACCAUUUCACACAGAGGGCAGAUACCCCAAGUCUUUAAUAGGAAGGAACUUCUGUGCCUACCUGCUGGAGCUGCGCAACUCCAGCGCCUCCUUCAAAGGCGUCCGCAAAGCCUUGAUCGACGCGUUGCUGGACGGCUACGAGAGCGCCCGUUACGGCACCGGGGUCUUUGGGAAGCCGGAAUAUCUGAAGUAUCAGGAUGCUUUGAACGAGCUAGCGAACAUGACCAAGGCGCGGGGAGGCAGCAGCCAGAGGCAGCACCAGUCGGCAGCCAAGGACCUCACUCUGUCCCCUGAAGUUUCCAACCCUGCCACCAUCCAGGUCACCUACCUGCCUUCCAGCCAGAAGAGCAAACGUGCCAAACACUUCCUGGAGCUGAAGAGCUUCAAGGACAACUACAACACGCUGGAGAGCACCCUGUGA